UUGAAGAAAUCAAAGUCAGUUUUUUUAGUGUAGUAAAAUCAAAAUGGUCAGAGUAGUUAUCUUAUUUUGAUAUGCUUCUUCGUCCUCAACUGGUUGCCUACCACCCACCAAACCCAUAUUAAGGUAAUAGUGUAUGAAGUAAUUCGCAAAAGUCGGAUGGUAAUCUGUUUCAGGUUUGUGAACUAGGUAACGCUGUAUGAAGCAAUUUGCACAAAUUGGAUGGCAAUCUGUUUCAGGUAACAGUAGUAUGAAGGAAGACGCACAAAUCGGAUUGUAAUCUGUUUCGUGUUUGUGAAUUAGGAGCAUCCUUUGGAAACCCUUUGAAGAAAUGUUUAUAUAAUUCGCAAACUUUUUUAUGGACUAGUUUGUUGGUACUAGAAGGCUGAACUUGAUUGUUUUUAUAUAGAUUAGGAGAACGAAGGCCAAGCUUUUCGAAUGGCGGAGGAGAAAACGUUAAUUGAAAUUCUCGAGGAGAAUAACCCGAUUGACAUAGUUAAGUACAUAAACUUCGUCCGUGCUCCAGAAUGUGGUGCCAUAGCGACUUUCUCUGGCACAACGCGUGAUACUUUUGAUGGGAAAACUGUGGUAGAGCUAAGAUAUGAAGCUUAUGUUCCCAUGGCAAUCCGAUGUAUUGAGUCCAUAUGUACUUCAGCUCGAGAAAUUUGGAAUCUCAACUUAAUUGCUGUGGCUCAUUGCUUAGGCCCCGUUCCAGUUGGUGAAACAAGUGUAUUCAUCGCUAUCUCAUCGGUUCAUCGGGCUGAUGCAAUGGAUGCUUGCAAGUACUUGAUUGAUGAGUUAAAGGCAUCGGUGCCUAUUUGGAAGAAAGAGGUUUAUGCCAACGGAGAGAUUUGGAAGGAGAACUCAGAGUUCUUGGAGAGGAGGUCAGAGCUCGGGAAAGAGAAUGUUGAGAAGGGGUGCUGCCGGAGAAAAGUAAAGGUGACGGAAGAUCAUGAGAAGAACAUAUGUUGCCGUCCUAAAGUUAGGGUGGAUGAAGAAAGAGAGAAUGACACAAAGAAUGAUAAAUGAUAAUACAACAUUUGAAUACUUUUACUUGGAAGUAGUUUUCUUGAACCAUAUUAUUAAGAAAUUCUUGUCAUUUAUUUUGCUUUCAUUGUAGACAAAUCUUUUGUAAACUUGUACUAAUGUUGAUUGAUCAAUAAAUUUAUGUCACUAAUUAAUACAUCGCAAAAAUGUGUUUCUAAAUGUUGU